GCGGAUUGCUAAUCGAUAAGGAUUUCUUCUUCAUUACAUCGACUUUACAAUGCGACAACUACACGACACAGAAGAUUGAGUGUUUGACGAAGAGUCAAGAUGUCUCUAGAUAAAGUCAAACACAUUGUUCUUGUCCUCUCUGGCAAAGGUGGCGUAGGGAAAUCCUCCGUCACAACUCAACUGGCUCUAUCCCUCUCCCUAGCUGGUCAUUCGGUCGGAAUACUCGAUAUAGACCUCACUGGACCGUCAAUACCACGUCUUUUUGGCAUCGAGUCCUCGAGAGUUCAACAAGCUCCAGGAGGAUGGGUGCCAGUGCCAGUACAUUCUGCGAGCCCAGAAGCUGGCAUAGGCGCACUGUCAUGCAUGAGCUUGGGAUUUCUUUUGCGAGAGAGAGGUGAUGCUGUGGUAUGGCGCGGUCCGAAAAAGACUGCUAUGGUGCGCCAAUUCCUCUCAGACGUGCUUUGGGGAGAAAUCGAUUACCUCCUCAUUGAUACCCCGCCAGGAACAUCAGACGAACACAUAUCCCUCGCAGAAACGCUCCUUAAGACCGCAUAUCCAGGGCAAGUCGCUGGAGCCGUGGUAGUCACAACACCACAGGCGGUUGCCACAGCCGAUGUGAAGAAGGAGUUGAAUUUCUGCAAAAAGACUGGCAUAUAUGUUAUCGGGGUGGUAGAGAACAUGAGCGGCUUUGUCUGUCCAAACUGCUCAGAAUGCACAGACAUAUUUAGCAGAGGCGGUGGUGAAGCCAUGGCCAUAGAGUUUGAGGUCGGGUUCUUGGGAAGGAUACCGAUUGACCCGCAGUUCGUGAUGUUGUUGGAGGCAGGGAGGACGCCAGUUUAUCCUGUUGGGACAGUGAUUAAUGGCGAGAACUUUGGACCUCGAGAGAGCGGCGAUGCCUCCACCUCCGCAAGCACUAAGGACCCCGAGACGCUUGCUAAUAAGUAUAGAGAGUGCUCGCUGUCCCGGUUCUUUGGGGACAUCACCCAAAAGGUCAUUGGGGUGGCAGAGGCAAGAAGCACAGAAGCACAGAAGGCAUAACUGUCUGAGCAUCAUAUGCCUGGAGUAAUUGCAUAGCGAUGGUGUUUGGAUUUUGAUGACAAGUUCGUCUUUGGCGCACCAGCAUAUAAUACAUAAAGGCUAGGCGCAGGUUUGCCUGGAAUGAAUAUUUAGGGAACUUCCUAAUACUCGAUAGUCUCGGAUCUUCAUCAAAGGGAAGUCAAAGUCACACUCUCCGC